GAUCGCGGGCCGGCUAGUGGCAACGGCAUAAUCAGGCGAGGCGCGAUAUCGCGAGGAUGCCGCCGCUGCUUCCGCACGGCUUUUGCAGUUGGUGCGCGGCUGGCUGGCCUACCGGCUCGUCUCCACUCACGUCGCCACACACCUCGCGUUGUCAUCAGACUAUUAUGUCGCCGCCGCUUCCCUCAUAGUGAUCACUUAGCUGUCGUCGCGGGCCAGUCUCGACGGGCCCGCUCUCGCGCCCGCCUCGGGAACGGAUUCGCGCCUCCUCCCCCUCUUCCUCCCCGGGAGAGAGAGACGAAUGUUUCGCAGGAAUGCAUACGGCAAAUCGCGGAUACUGAUCGACGUAACUGAGGAUCACAGGGGGAAGCAUGCAGCGCGUACAACGCACACAGAGAGAUGGUAACCCGGAUGCAAUCCCGAUUGUGCUGAUGCAUCCCGACAACGCUCCGGGAAUCGCCACCGAUCGCGUUGUCCUAACAUCGCGUCUCCAUUAACGUGUUAAGGCUGUGAAGAGGAUCCGGAAGUGACAAAAUCAACGGACAUCAGUCGCGACCAUCGAUGGCGGCCGCGAGUUUUCCUCCAAACUUCUCAAACGUCGGUGUACUAGAGAACUGCGCCGGCAUGGAGGCGACAAACGGCGCGAUCGAGCACGACUUCCACAGCACGUUGGUGCCGAUAAACGGUAGCCAUUCGGGCAGCUCCGGCAGGAGUACGCCGAACGGCGGCGACCCGGCGCCGGGCAAACUCUUCGUGGGCGGUCUCUCCUGGCAGACCAGCAGCGAGAAGCUGCGAGAAUAUUUCAACAUGUUCGGCACCGUCACCGACGUUCUCAUCAUGAAGGAUCCAAUGACGCAGCGUAGCCGCGGUUUCGGCUUCAUCACGUUCGCCGAGCCCGGCAGCGUCGACAAAGUCCUCAAGUGUCCCAUCCACACCCUGGAUGGCAAGAAGAUCGAUCCGAAGCACGCGACGCCGAAGAAUCGCGCGAAACAGGCCAAUCGCACCAAGAAGAUCUUCGUGGGCGGUGUCAGUCAGGACACGAGCAGCGACGAGGUCAAGGCCUACUUCAAUCAAUUCGGUAAGGUGGAGGAGACGGUGAUGCUGAUGGAUCAACAAACGAAACGCCAUCGCGGCUUCGGCUUCGUCACCUUCGAGAACGAGGACGUGGUGGACCGCGUAUGCGAGAUACACUUCCACACGAUCAAGAACAAGAAAGUCGAGUGCAAGAAGGCGCAGCCGAAGGAGGCGGUGCAGCCGGGCGCGCUCGCCCUCGGCAAGCGGGUAGUGCUAGGCGCUCUGGGCGUGCGAAUCGCGCCGCAACCGCCGCUGCCGGUUGCGGCGGCGGCCUCGCAGUUGGUAGCCGCGCAGGCACAAGCGGCACAAGUACAGGCGGCCGCUGCCGCAGCGGCGGCCGCGCAAGUGCAAAACGCGGUCGCGGGUUAUGGCAAACUGUUCGCCGCCACCGGCGGCUAUCCGGCUCUCUCGGCG